AUGCAACAUUUUCAGGCACCACAAGGUCUGUCUUUGGAAGUGAAACGCACUAAGCUACUGCAGGAGAUAUUCCAUGAGUCAAAGGACUUCUAUCAAGUUUUAAAGGAACUUGAGAAACUCGGUCCCAACCUCAAGGGAAUUGGUAUGACUAUUUUUAAAGAAGUCUUACAGUCCCUUGUUGAUGAUGGCCUUGUCCAGGGUGACAAGAUUGGUGCUUCAAACUUUUUCUGGAGCUUCCCUUCGCAAAGAGGAACUAUUGUUGAACUGUUCACUUCUCAGGAUGGUAGCUAUACUGACCAGUGCAUGCCAUAG